UUGUGACUGAAACAAGUCACAAGCUGUAUUUCCAACUGUUGUGAAAUCUUCCAGGGUAAACUGUAGCUAAAUCAACCCAUCUUAUUGUCUCAGACAGAAAAAUGAAAACCUACCCGGCCAUUGGUUUCUUCCUGCUCUUGGUGAUCAGCUAUGGCUCUUCCGAGAACUCGAGCACGUCGCGCGGCUGCGGCCUGGACCUCCUCCCUCAGUACGUCUACCUGUGCGACCUGGAUGCCGUGUGGGGGAUCGUGCUGGAGGCGGUGGCGGGAGCCGGCGUGCUCACCACGCUGCUGCUCAUGCUGAUCCUGCUCGUGAGGCUGCCCUUCAUAAAGGACAAGGAGAAGAAGAGCCCGCUGGGGAUGCACUUCCUCUUUCUUCUGGGGACUCUAGGACUGUUUGGGCUGACRUUCGCGUUCAUCAUCCAAGAAGAUGAGACGGUGUGUUCAACCCGAAGGUUUCUGUGGGGAGUUACCUUUGCUUUGUGCUUCUCGUGUUUGCUAGCUCAAGCCUGGAGACUUCGUAGACUAGUUCGGCAUGGGAAAAGCCCAUCUGGCUGGCAUCUAGCUGGGAUGGCCAUCUGCCUGAUGCUCGUGCAAGUCAUUAUUGCAACGGAGUGGUUGAUACUGACAGUUGUGAGAGAUAACAAGCUGGCCUGCAACUACGAACCGAUGGAUUUUGCUAUGGCUUUGAUUUACGUUAUGUUCCUGAUGGUGUUCACCAUGGGGUUUUCUCUUUUCACUCUUUGUGGAAAGUUUAAAAAAUGGAAGAAAAAUGGAGUAUGCCUCAUCAUAACGCUCUUUUUCUCUAUUCUGAUUUGGGUAGCCUGGAUGACUAUGUACCUCUUUGGUAACGCUGAACUAAAGAGAAAAGACAAAUGGAGUGAUCCCACUCUUGCUAUUGCACUGGUGUCCAGUGGUUGGGUGUUUGUUAUUUUUCAUGCUAUACCAGAGGUCCACUGUACCAUCCUGCCAUCGCAACAGGAAAAUGCACCCAAUUAUUUUGAUACUUCACAGCCAAGGAUGCGUGAAACUGCUUUUGAGGAAGAUAUACAGCUUCCUCGGAGCUACAUGGAAAAUAAAGCAUUUUCAAUGGAUGAACACAAUGCAGCGCUAAGAACGGCAGGAUUUCGAAACGGCAGCUUGGGAAGUCGCCCCAGUGCUCCUUUUAGAAGCAAUGUUUAUCAGCCAACUGAGAUGGCAGUUGUGCUAAAUGGUGGGACUAUACCAACUGCUCCGCCAAGUUACACUGGACGACACCUCUGGUGAAAGGCUGUAGGCUCUAGAAAAAAAAGAAUCUUUGUUACAGAUUUUGUUYCCUGGCAGUGUGUCUUUGAGGGAGGAAUCCAUAACAGUUCCAGAACAAAGCAGCAAAACAUGCAGCUUUUGAAAUCCUACAGAGGAUUUUAUGUAAAUGUGCACAUCACUUUACUGAUAAGCUAAAUGCAAAAAAAAAAUUGUAAAACUGAGGCUGAAUUUAAUUUAAAAUAGAAGUAGACACACUAAAAUGGAAGAGGGGAUGUUGUAUUCUGAGAUGUAAGAUACACUCUGUCUGUAACUAGCGUGAGAGGCAAGCCUCCUCUUUUCUGUUGGUUGCCCGUUGCUUGCAAAACACCCUCCUCUCACCUAAAUUUAAUUGGUGUUGUCACAAGAGAUUGCCACUACAAUGUGAAAACAUGCAGGAUUUAUUUCCCUUUUGCUCUUUUUCCCUCUAUUUCAAAUGUCAUGAAAAUAUACCGUUGGCUUCAUUACYUACCUGUACUGUAACAUCAUUUAGCAUCACUUGUAGUUAAGCAUUGCCACUUUGUGGCAACUAAAUUACAAUUWCACUGUACAUUGGUACUCUUUCCUCUUUAAAAAGACCAGGUAAAGAAAAGCAGUUUUGGAGAGGUGAAAUAAUCUGUGCAUGUUUCCUGUGAGCUAUGGAGCCUCCUGAGGCUCGGAGACAAAGCGUGGGUGCAGCAGCCGCAGCUCCUCGCAGCGCGGGAUCUUUCCCCGUGACUCCGGGCGUGRGCAAAGAGCUGGGUGUUCUUGGUGCUCCUGCAGAUGAAGCUGUUAAAUUAAGACUUUGGAGGGAUACACGGUUGCAAAGACCUAGCUGGGGAGAGAAGGUGGCUGGAGUUUGCCAGAAGGUCUCUGUGCUGGUGGACGGAGGAGAGCCGCUGUGCUGCGCGGGACAGGUGGUUCUCGUGGGCCGGUCUGGCCGAGGAGCAGAGCGGAGGCAGCUGAACGGCACCGGCCUCGCACGAGGGACUCGGCCGUGUGUAGGAUCCAGCCCUCGGUUUCCCCUCCCUAUUCACACGAGUAGUCCCACAACUGCAGUUGUUUGUGCAUUUAAAUGUGGUUGUGCAUUUUAGUGCCUAGCUGGUAGAAUCUCCGUGCCGGAGGUGGUUUGUUGUUAUUUUAUGUUUUUAAGGUGGCUUCUUCCCUAUUCCCCUACCCCUCCACUCCUCUGAGUUGACAGAAGGCAGAUUUUCUCAAGGCUUUUUAUCUUUGCUUUCACCAGGUUAUUUAAAGGUUCCCAUUGCCCAUUAUUUGUGCCAUGGUUUUCAUUAUGUUUAAGCAAAUCAUUCCUUUAUUUAACAUUUAAUACAUAUCAGACACUGAAACAUCACUGUAUCUUCACUGUUUUGCCAAUGUUAAUCUUAGCUUUCCUCAAUACUAAAAGCAAAUUGUUUUUACUUGAGGGCAUAGGAAACAUUUAAGGAUUAAACUUUGCAUAUGCUGUAAUAAAAAUAUAUAUUUUCAAACUAAAAAAAUAUAAUGUACAAAUAACUGAAUAGCUUAGUAGCUUCACAGAAAGAAGUUACUUUCUGUAUUCUGCAAAAGAAAGACAAGCUUUUUAAAGAGUCUUCCUGAUUCUUCACAUACCUCCAUUUCUACUGAAUUAGGAACCGCGUCCUGCAGCCCUGUGCUCCUGGGAACAGCCUCGCGAACAGCAGCAGGGCUAACACUGGCAGCACAGGCUGCACGACCAGUCCCUCGGUGUUGCACACAAAUAUACACGUGUAUUAUAUAUAUGAAAAAAUAUAUAUAUCGCCAUUCUUGCCAUGAUCAUCUUAUAAGGGGUUUUAUUCAAAGCCCUUCUCUUCCAGAAGCAAUAUUUUUCUGUCAUGCAUGAUUAAAGGAGCGUAUUAGCKCCAUGCCAGUUGUUCCCCCUACCCUCCCCUCCUCAAGGCAAAGGAAGCAUGUGCUUGUUUUAAGGAUUUUUGUUUGUCUGUUUUGUAAGUUGGUGGUCCAAGUAAUCAGGUAGGGUAGGGGUAGAUCUUGCAUGCAAACCAAUGACUUAGAAAUACAUUUUGCUUGUUAAAAUUAAAUUAUAAUCAAAUAAGGUAGUAGUUAUGGUAAUGUUAUGAUAACCCCAGAAGUUGCAUAAUUUGGAACAAUACAAAACCUACUGAUCAUCACUUGUCUGCAGAAGUUUGCUUUAAAAAAAAUGCAUAAAGUCUCAGAAAACUAUUGUGAAGACAUAUAAGAUGACCAYGGCAUAAAUGGUAGGACAGCUUUCCUUUAAAAGAUUUAUCACAGUACAGUUGAGAUUUAUGAAUUAUAAUACGCAUUUUACAGACCAUGGACAAAAUCUGUACAAGAUAAAGUUACCUUAAGAAAUGUUUGUUCUUUUUCUAGAUGUGACUGAAUUGAUAAAGUUCCCAAUCCUACUCUUAAUGAACUAAUUGGAAUUUGAGGCCAUAUGCAAAGACAUGGCUGGAUCCUAAAAACUCUUUACUCAUGUGACUGGUCUCACUGGGUAGUCAUGUGGACUAUUCACAAAUAUAAGAUUGGCAGGAUUGGGCUUAAUUUGUGGUGGUGAAAGUGUGGCAAUAGACUAGGAAGGUCCUUAUUUUACAACUUUAUACAAUUAGUAAUAGGCAACUUUUCUGUCAGUCACCAGUCUGUGAUGUAAAAUGCCCUGAAUAAAAAUGUAAUUGAAGAAAGGCACUUUUAUGUUAACUUAUAUUUUUGUUACAGUAAACAAAGUGUUUACUUUUGCCUUUUAUGAAAGUUACCUAGAAUGUAGAGCAUCUGUGAACAACCUAAGUAUGUGUAAGCACAAGACUUUCACGGUUCCAUUUAAUUAUAAUUAGCUUUUAUACUAUAAAAGCUACUAUGUUGUCCCUUAAUGGUCAUUUCCUCAUGGUGUAUCCAUACAGGAAAAACAGAAAUCCUAAAGCUUCUGAAAAUAUUAUUACCAAAACAAAUCUUUAUAACAACUGGCUUUUGCUCAAUGGCUAGAAAAAGAGUUCAGGGUCACACUGUAUAGACCCUGUCCUGCUUUCAAGAGAGUCAAGGGUCUUUGGCACAUGCCAGGAAAUGUGCAGUAUCUUGCAGGUGGCACUUUGGAUCCACCCAGGUGUUUCCAUAAACAAGGUACAUGAAAUAUGAUAGAA